AUGAUGAGCACCAGCCAGACUAUUCUACUUCGACCACGACCCCUCGCCAAGUUUUCUGGUGCCUUCCUUCUACUACCUCUGCUACCCCACCCCAAGCCGUUGAGACCUCUCCCGGCUGAACUAUGGUCGAAGAUAUUUGCCUAUGCCCUGGCUUGUGAGGAAGCCAAGUGGUCAUGGUCUCUUUUGAGAGUGUGCAAAGGAUUCAAGGAAGUCGCACUCCCGCUGAUAUAUUCCAGCAUUUGCCUUGAUCAAGUCUCAGCCUUACAACAGUUUCAUGAUCUACUACACAAUGCGGACCAAAAAUGGGAUUCCAUUCGACGAAUACCCUACUCGACGCCAGGCCGCUGGGUACAGGUCCUAGACCUCUCCGGAAUUGCUUUCGCCGGGCAGCCCCAGGCUCUUCUUCUCGACUCGGUCCUGGCGCGUUUAUUUACAGUGCUACCCUUCCUCUCUACCCUCUACGUCAAUCCAUCAUUCGUGCUCAGCCGGAGGGUUCUAUCCUCACUAGCUGACCGCAAAGGAGCAGCCAAUCUCCGCAUACUUGGAGGGCUUAGCUACGUCCCUCCGCCUUCCCCUACUCCCGAUGAUGAUCCAUUUGUCCAGUUACUUCGGUGCUGUCCCAACUUGGAGGAGUUGGAAAUCGUUGGACAAGGCUUGGACCCCGCUGAGCUGGAAUUCAAUUUUCAUGGGUUACAGUUACCUCCAAUGGACUACUUCCAGCCGAUUCGCCUACCUAACCUGCGUAUAUUAUCUUUGGUUUCCAUGCACGCCUCCCCUUUCAUGCUUGCUUUGCUCCACUCUCCUCUACCAUCGCUGCAGAAACUUACAGUCACCCCUUAUGAUGACGUACCAUAUCCCGCAUCUCUCGUUACCCACCUGAUCUCUACUCAUGGAGAAAACCUCCGGUCUCUCAUUCUUUUCGCACCCAAAUCAUGGCCAGCACGAAACCACCCUUCGCCACAUAAUGUUAUGGAUUAUACCCCUAACCUUCGUCACCUCUCCCUCGAGAAUCCUCUCCCGGACAUCUCCUUACAGGAGAAUCAUGCGUUACAAAUCCUCUCCAUCCCUCGACCCAAGGCUGAUUUCUGGCGAGUUUUGGAAAGGGCACUACGCCACUUACCCAAUCUCGCAGUUCUUCGUGCGAGGGAUGUUCGGUGGUUGAGAAAAGGGAUGGGGUCUAUGGCCCAAGAAGCUGGUGUCCAAGGGGAGAUGAAGGAGUGGCGGAGGAGACUUAGGAGAUGGGGAAUACGCCUGCUUGAUGCUGACUGGAAUGAGUCGGAGAAUGAGUGA